AUGUAUCAGCAUCAGAUUAUUCCCGAUUACUACUACCGAUCAUAUACACCGUAUCGCGGACACCACUUCAUGCCGGGUGCAAGAGUUGGUGAUGAAACCGAGCCGCCUGCACACAAGAAGAGCAUAAUCUCAUGGACAAGUACACCUACAAAACACAAAGUGAAAUACUACAUAACAUGUAGUUUUCUGAUUUUUCUUAUCCUACUUGUGCUUUUUAUAUAUGUUUGUUCACUGGCGAAUAUGUCCACUGCGUUUGGUCUACUUGGAAGUAGAGGACUGGGAAAGGCUAUUCAGGAAUCACCUCUUAUAAAUGAUCCGAUAUCAGCAGUUGUAGUUGGAAUGUUAGCAACAGUGGUUUUACAAUCAGCGACCACUACUACAAAUAUAUUGGUCACCAUGGUUGCUGCAAAUAUGAUAACUGUGCACGAUGCGAUACCUGUUAUGAUAGGUAGCGAGCUUGGCUCAUCACUAGUCAAUGCGAUGGUCUCAUUGGCAUAUUCUGGAAAACCUGAACAGUUUCGAAGAGCCUUUUCCGCUGCAAUACUGGGAGAUGUGUUUAAUGUUUGUGGUUUAUUCGUUAUAUUCCCUAUGGAAAUGUUUACUGGUCUCAUUGAAAAAGUCUCCUGGUGGAUUGUGGAUCCAUUGAUUUCCGAGCAAGGUCUUAGUUUCAAAACGUUGGAGCUACUCACAGAUCCAAUUAACCAAGUUAUACUCCAGGUUAAUGAAGUAGAACUUUUAAAUGCUACAAUCCGCCCAGAAAUGUUUGAAGCUAACCAUUCAUUUGUUCAAAGGUGCAGUUUUACAAAUGGAACACGAAUCUAUAAUUGCCCCUACAAUCAUCUCUUCUCGCAUACUUCCCUGUCUGACAAGAAUAUUGGAUGGAUUGUUUUGUUUGUCUCGAUUUUCUGCCUCGUUAUGUGUCUUGUGGGAAUUGUAUACUUAAUUCAGAAACUACUAGACGGGCAUGCAGCAAAUUACGUUCGAAACCUACUUUCAAAGCAAUGCCCCGGAAUGUGGAAGCCUUGUACUGGCUACCUCGUAAUGCUAGUUGGACUUGUAGUCACCAUAUUGAUCCAAUCAAACAGUAUAUUCUCGUCUUCACUGACUCCAUUGGUCGGUAGCGGAGUUGUGACACUAGAACAGAUGUACCCACUUGUCUUGGGAAGUAACAUUGGAACUACGUUCAGUGGUGUUCUUGCUGCUUUCUCAACAGAUCCGUCAAGAUUUGAAAAAGCGUUGCAUAUGGCAAUGUGCCAAGUGAUCUACAAUAUCAUUGGAACGUGCUUGUUCUAUAUUGUACCAUGUACAAGGAAGUUUCCAGUAUAUUUAUCAGUAAAACUGGGGGUAAUUACGGACCAUUACCGCUGGUUCAUUGUUGUCUUCAUCUCCACAGUUUUCCUGAUUAUUCCCUUCACUAUAAUCGGGCUCACGCUUUUACCAGACAACGUUAUUGUCAUUGUCUUCAUAAUCAUUCUUAUCAUCGCCAUUACCUGUUGCUUUAUUUGUGUAUUACAGAAUAGUUGCAAAGAGUUUCUCCCGAAAAUUCUACACAACUGGAGUUUUUUGCCAAUUUGGAUGAGAUCAUUGCAAUAUUACGAUCCUUUCAUGUGCAAAGUGUUCACUAAUAUUCCUUAUAUUGGAGGAUUUUUCCGGAAAGGAGGAGCCCAUCGUGAACGCACCGAAAAUGGGAAAUAUGGAGAGGAUGAUAUUGAGAAAAAGGUUCAGAAACUGGUACAACUUAGCGGGCAGACACAGGUUUAGCCGUUUUGUAACUCCUGCCGUUAACACUUUACAUAUCUGCGUGUUCUGGUGGUUAUGAUAUAUCUUUGUUGGAAGUUGUGCUAACUUUCUUAUCAGACAUAUCUUUGUUUUUUUUUUUUGAACGCUCCCAUGCUUUUAGUUUAUUGACUAGCAGCUUUUACUUGUUAAUUCACUUAAACAGGUUUAUUGGAUUGUUUUAUUAUUAUUAUUACUUGAAUAAAAAGCAUUU